CGAUAUUGCCAGAACCCGCAGACUCCGUGCAAGUAAAAGACGCCGAAGAAGAAGAUACAGGAAAAACAUGGCUACGAUUGAGGAAAUUCGCUCGGAAAAGUCGCAGCUCGAGCUUGCGGGAUUGAAGGUUCCCGAUGUUGUGAAGCAGUCGCUCAAGGCUACUGCGCAGGCGCCGGUGGUCAGCCAUGUCCUCGGCCUGUUUGACGCAGUCUCGAAGCGUCGGGCUGCGUUCGGACUCAGCACUCCGCCCAAGUUUGAGGACUUCUCGCGUGAGGUCGAGAAGGAGGUGUUGACCACGUACUAUCUGGUUCCGGGCUUGCGGGCGGAUGUCAACUACACCUCCUCUGUCAAGCCGAUGUUCAACGUCAUGCAGUCAUUCGCUGUCGGCAACGGUCGCGACAACUCGUACUCGUUCGCUGGCAUCUACGCGACCAACAAUGUCUUCCUUCGUGGAUCUCUGGAUUCCGAGAGAGCGCUUUCGGCCCACAUCGUUGGCCGUCUCUCGCCCGCUGUCGUCGGUCGCAUCCAGGCUCACUCGUCUGAGCGCGGCACCCAGGCUGUCUACGAAGUCGAUGUGCCCUUCGCGGACUCUAUGCUGUGCCUCCGCGCGGCGAACCCUUCGCUUCUCGACACCAAAUUCACUGGCAUGUCCUCCUUCAACUUUGCCCAGUCGAUAACCUCCAAGCUCGUCCUCGGUGUCUCGGGUGUGUGGCAGCGUCAGAGCCCCGACUACCCCGCCCAGGCCGGCUUCGACGUCGGCGGUCGCUACGCUUCAGACAAGUUCGUCGCUUCGGGUUCGAUCUCGGCCCAGGGAAUCCUUGGCCUGAACUACCUCCAGAAGUUUGACGAGCGAAUCCAGGGUGCUGUCUCAACCAACAUCGAUCUGACCGGCAUGGCCGCUGCCAUGGCCGGCGAGAGCCCGGACUCUGCAUGCACCACCACUGCUGCCGUCAAGAUCGACGGACCGGACCAGUCCACCCUCCGGUUGCAGAUGGACUCGCACUGGAAGUUGGGCUUUGUGAUGGAGCGCAUUGUCGCCGACACCAUGCGUAUGACCAUCGGCUCCGAGCUCGACCAGGCUAAGAACACAUGCAAGAUUGGACUCGGCCUGCAGUUUGAGAGCCAGAGCGAGUCGGUCGAGGCCGUCAUGCGGGAGAUGCAGACCAUGAGCCAGGAAGAGACGAAAAAGUACAUCACCGUUCCACCACAGUAGAUUACUCGCCAUUGAUUAUACGAUGUUCUUAUUUUCCUAACAAAAAUGGGUUUCCGGGUUUUUGUUUGUCGUUUUUCUGUCAUUUUGUUUGUCAUAUCGUCACGUACAUAGUAGCGUGUUUGUAUCUAGUAGACUCUUCCCUUUUUUUGUGUAAUUAUGACUCUCAGACUGAAAUACUGAAUGCUUCUCUUUUCUUUCUUCAUUGAAAAAAAUGUUCCUUAUUACGUCACCAG